AUGCACCUGUUUACCCUCGCUGUUAUUACCCUAAGCCUGAUUGGCAGCACCGUUGCUGCUCCCAGUGGCAAUACAUGCCCUACUUGUAUUGCAACACCAGGGAGUAACCUAUGUGACAUUACAACGUCAUGUACUAGCGUUACUCUUAAAAAAACCGCUGAGACAAAGCUAUUUUGUGCGUGUCGUCCUGGGUUCAAGGCUGCUGCCCCAAACACCGAUUCCCUAACCCAUUUUCGUGCGGAAUGGUUGACCGAUGGACAAGAUCACCGGGUCUUUGUUCCACCAGGCGUUGUUUGCAACACACCCUGUACUACUUAUGGUACAGAUGCCUGCAGUGAGAUUCCUAUACGUGACUUGAGUGGUGUUUGCCCUGCAAGUGGAGGAGUUACAACAACGAAAGCUGCCACCACCACGACCAAGGCAACGACCACGACAAAAGCUACAACCACUACCAAGGCGACGACGACGACAACGACCACCAAGGUUCCAACAACGACAACCACGACAAAAGCGACCACCACUACAACGACUACCAAGGUUCCAACAACGACAACCACGACAAAAGCGACCACCACUACAACGACUACCAAGGUUCCAACAACGACAACCACGACAAAAGCGACCACCACUACAACGACUACCAAGGUUCCAACAACAACGACGACCACAGCAACAAAAGCGGUGACCACAACGUCAGUCGUCCCCUCCACGACAAGCCUGGCUCCUCAGCCCUCGUUGGCACCCACGCUAUCAGGCAUCUGCAGCAGUUGUCCCAUCAACGGAACAGUAUGCGCGGGAACGUCGAUCUGCACCUCCACCAUCUACGGCCCAAUGUGCGCUUGCCCCGAUGGCUUCAAGGCCAGCACAGACAACCUUAAUAUUACAAUUCAAUGGCGCCUCAACGGAAUGAAUACGACCACGGUGUAUGUCGCUCGUGGUGUCACCUGCACUGUUCCUUGUCAGGGAUCCGAAUGUCAGGAGGUCGCAGCCUCUGAUUGUGAAGUAUAAUUGACAACAUAUUAUGUCAUAUAGCUGGAAACAUGUUAUUAUGUAGUGAGAUGCACUUAGAUUACUUUAGAAGGAUGUGAUUUGAAAAUCAUUGUGGAGAUAGUGGAGACUAAUUUGAUAGAGAGGAUAUAGAAAGAUGGGGGAUUGAGGGAGAUGUUGUGCUCAUCACAUCUACUGAUGUGGGAACACAACGAUAUAUACCAAGCUCAUCAGCAUAAACAUGGUGCUGAACAUAGAUGCCGAAACUCCCUGAAAUAUUAUUGACUACCGCCCACA